AUGUCGUUUCGAAUAAGUGGUUGGGGUGAACAGUUUUCGGAAGCCUUUUAUGAGCGAGCCACGACAUUACUGACUGCUGCCCUUAACAAGGGUGCGAAGCAUUCACUAAUUGCUGAUCGCAUUACUGUCAAGGAAUUGAAUAUGGGUGAACAACCACCGGAACUGGAGAUUUUAGAAAUAGGAGAUUUUGCGCCUGAUCGGUUUCAGGGUUUGUUUAAUUUUCAUUACUCCGGAAAUGCAUCAUUGGUUUUGCAAACGAAAAUUCGGGCAAACCCCUUGUCUGUUGAAAAACGGAAAGUACCUAGCUUUGGUGCAAAAAACACCAUGCUGGCAUCUUGUGCUCCUUUGACGGUUCCAAUGUUCUUGCGGUUGUCAAAUCUUAAACUGAAUGGUAUUGUUGUUUUGGUUUUUUCAAAGCAAAAGGGAAUCACCAUGGUAUUUCGCAAUGAUCCUUUAGAGUCUUUACGAGUUUCUUCCUCCUUUGAUUCAAUUCCUGCGAUAGCUCGUUUUUUACAGAGAGAAAUUGAGGUUCAACUUGCUGCUUUGUUUCGGGAAGAACUUCCUUCUAUCAUUUACAAGAUGUCUCGUUUGUGGUUUGCCAAAGCAGAUCCAGCUCUUCCUUUUUCAGUUCCUAAGCCGAGAUCAACAUGCUAUGGAGCUUCCAGGGAGGCCGAAUUACCAGCGUCUUCAAACCCUGACUUCUUAGAUGGACCACCGGAUUACUUUGAAUCCACCAAAGUCGAUGCUCAAUAUCCAAUGAAAAUGGGUCCACUAGACGUCCAUGCUCACCCUAAUCUUCAAUCGUUGACAAAGAUGGCUUUGUCGAGGAAUUCCCUCCAUCCAAAAUCCUCCAACAACAUUCCCAUGUGCAUUUUUAGGUCCACUCCUUUUGAUACCAUUCAUCGCCUUUCGGCUCAGUCUGAGGAGCCUUCUUGCACUCCUCCUUCAACACUUUCCCCUUCUCCUUCUACAGAAUAUUUCUUUACUCAACAUAAUGUUUCGACAACAGGAACUGUAUCGCCGCGACCCACAAUAUUCGGCAAAAUGAAGAAUGCGCAUCCUCAUCGUCGUCGUGAACAGGUGAAAAAACGACACGUUAUACGUUUACAAUCAUCAGAAAUCAUGCAAACGUCGCCGUCUAAUACAAUUUCCGCUACUCAUAAUUCGGAUCCUUUUGUCUGCGAACCUCACAUUUCUUCAAAUAAUGAAAAGUCUGCAUUUGGAGAUUCUUCGGAAAAAAACCCAGAGAAAGUAAUUAUUUGUGAUUCCAAUGUUAAAGACUCAAUUGAGAAAUCUUCUUUAAACAGCCCUAUCCCUCGUUGGAGAGCAGACGAAUUACAACGCAAGUUACAAGAGGAAUCAUUAUCAAAAAAGGUUUUCAACCCACAUCAUAAUUCUAUUAAGCUGCUCGCUCUGCAGCGAUUAUUACAAGCUAAUCGCUCUUUUUGA